AUGUCUUACUAUUAUCAACCGCAAAACUCAAGCGACGCUGACUUGAGCUUAUUGUGGAACUUAUUGCGUCAAGAGCAAUUCAACAACUACAACCACCCACGCCAACACCAACAACACCAACAACAAUACUACCAAUACCCUGUCUACUUCCCCCAACAGCAAAGACAGCCUUCGCCAAGACCAAGAGUGGUUAAAAAGUUGGAAACCGAAGACGAGUUUCAAAUUCAAAUCCACAAGCCUUUCGGCAACUUCAACAACUACGAAGUGCAAGUCAUCAAACAAAAACCACCAUUGAUCAAGCUUGUAAUUGUCGCACCAAAGGAUAACUUUAGGAGCGAAAAUACCUUUAACUUGAACUAUAUCGAUGUCGACAACAUCAAUUGGACAUGGUACAAGCAAGAAAACAUCUUGUGCUUGAACGUGCCCAAGAAGUUGCACUACAUCCACUCCAACGUGGAAGACAUCUGGAACUACUUGUUCGGCGAUGGACAACACCAUGGCGCUAGCUUUUUGGAGCCAGAAGAACGCGAAUUGCAGUUUAAUAAACAGGGGCAUGAAAUAGUGGCACCAGAGGCUGAAGAUGGUGAAGAUAAUGAGGAUAGCUUGGAGCAGCAUGAGAAGUUGUUGCAACAAGCUGCCGAUGCUUUGAAGACAAAGGAGCAGAAGCAACUCAAGUUUGCCAGUGGCUCGUCAUCUGGCCGAGACUCGGAACAGAAGAAAGCCAAGGCAAAGGCAGAAGCAGAGGCAGAAAGACAAAGAAAGCAAGAAGCUGCCGAAGCACAGCAAAAGGAAAUUGAAGAGAAAGCAGCUAGACAGGCAGCCGAAGUAGCACGCAAGAAACAGGAGAAAGAAGCAGCCAGACAAGCAGCUAUCCAGAAAAAGAGACAAGCCUUGGCCCAACAACAACAAGAAUACCAAGACAAGAUCAAGCAAGCUCAACAGGAAUUGGAGAACUUGGUGCGUCAACAACAGGAAUUAGAGAGGGAAGAUAAACCCGAGCCCGAGUUGGAACAAGUUGAACAGAAGCAAGACCAAAUCAAGACCCAGAUCCAUAAUGACGCUACAGCGUAUUUCAAAGACGAAGAUCAAAGCAACGCCUUGCUGAGACAACAACAACAGGACUUCAUCAACCAAUUCUUUGGCUUUAAUUUGGGACCCGUGGUGCCUCAAAUAGACCAACUCCAAAACUUCAAAUCCAAAUCAACAAAGCCAGAAAAGCCAGAAAAGCCAACAUCACUUUCAUCAUCUCAUCAGGCUGCGUCCACUACGCCUACCCUCGACAGUUCAAACACUACUCCAGCUACGACGCCCGCGAACACACCCGCGAAUACACCAGCUAGUAAAGCCAAUGGUGCAUUGAAUAAAGGCAGCAAGAACGAAGCCCCCUUGCAGCGUCGUCGCCACUCGCCCAAGAUGGAGGAUGUCGAGGACGAAGAGUCGAUCUUGUGGAAAAAGAGAUUUGACCAUUGA